UAAUAAAUUCGUCUACACUUAUUCUUGACAGGAUAUUGGGGUCUUUAUCUUGUUGGUGUCCAAUUGGGAAACUAUUUGUUCUUUGGAAAUGAUUCCACUUCUAUGAAGAACAGUCAAUGGGCAAGGAAUAGAGUCUGGAUUCUUACUUUCUUGUUUUGGUUCCUGACUAUAAUUCUGGACACGCAUGUUGAAAAAGUUUCUCGUCGAAUGUGUAACCUGGCAUAUGUUAUGUUUGUAUUGGCAGUGAACUUUCAGGUGUUAGCAAUUCUAAUGCUUUCAGAAUUCAUUGGUGGACAAAAGACAUCAGUGCUAGAAGAAGCAUUCAACCGGAAUUUAUUGGCAUUAUUUCUACUGGCUAAUGUCCUUACUGGGGUGAUAAACUUGUAUGUGGAUACCAUCUCGGCUUCAUCGCUCACUGCGUUAAUCAUCUUGCUCAGCUAUGCCCUUGUUUUAUCUGUUCUCACUGGAGCUGCAGAGUGUUUUGGCCUUAGAUUGAAAUUUUGGUAAACUUGUUUCUGUAAGUUGGGUUCUAGUAUUAAUUCAAUACCAUGAUUGGAGCCAAAAUCACGUGCAUGUAUGUUUUCAUUCGAGGGAGUUGAAACGAAUCAGUUGCUUCAAC